UGGAAAAAUCUUCAAGACACCUUUCCUUCUUUUAUAGAUCUUAGUCUAGGGCUUUAAGAGGUGCUUGUUUGAAUACUGUUAAGAUUGAAUGCUAGAAAAACCAAUACGAUCACCUUUUCUGCAAGUAAGUUAGAAGCUUUAAAGGGAAUAGCUAACCGAAUUACUGCUAAAAAGAGAUUAUGGGACGUAAAACACGAAGUUUUACUGGAUGUACAACUUGUAGGGCAAGGAAGGUGAAAUGUGAUUUAACUCGGCCAAAGUGUAUGAGGUGUAAUAAAUCCAAUUUAAAAUGUGGAGGGUAUGAUAUCGUAUUAGGAUGGAUAGAUCCAUUAAUGACAGAUCCAAAGAAUAAUCAAUUAGUAGCAUUGAAUUUGCAAAAUGGUAAAAUGAUGGAGGUUGGCAGCACUAAUGAGAGUGGGAAUAUCACAACUACCACUGGAGUAACAUCUAAAUUCCAAAGAAGAAAUGUUGAAUUGGUGAAAUUCCCCAGAAGAUUGAGAUAUGAAACGUACUUGAAGUUAAAUAAGGUGGUUCAUAGAAUUGACGAACAAGUUGAAAAUCUAGGAGGUGGUGGGGAUUUCCAAAUAGGACCAUUUGGAGUUUAUGAAUUUAGCCUUAAAAGAAGAAACCCGGUUUUCCAGGAAAAUUUGAAGAAGAAGCAGAGGACAACGAUUCCAGCUCCGCGUGAGGUAUCGAUUAUAGCACCGGAAAGACAGUCCAUAGGUAAGGACGAUCCUCCAAUCAUGAACGAAGACUCUGACCAAUCAGAUGUAGAACCAUUAGAAUCAGUUGAACCAAUUGCAUCACUAAAGACUAUUAAACCCAAUUUGUCAAACCAAUCAAUUUUCUCCAAAAAUGACAAUUCAUACGUUCAUUAUAACUUAUUGGAUAGUGCCAAGUUAACCAUUUUGGCAAUUAAGGGACCAAAUUACAAAUUUAAUGAACAAAAUAUGUUUCAUAUUUUGUAUCCAAUUUUCUUUCCCAAUAUUGACAGUGAUGAUUGGGAGUCAAAUGGGGAAAUAUUGAAAAAUUAUUGGGAAAUUUCUAAGGGAUCAAAUCAGGUUAUUGUUAAAAAAAUGUUUUCUAAUAUAAUACAAGAAUUUACUAGUGAUAUUUUAACGAUUAUCAAGAUAAAUUUCGGGAAAAAUUAUUUUGAUACUCUAUUGAAACCAUAUAUCAGAAGUAUAAUUUGUGAAUUUCUAAUUGAGAUGGAUUGGAGAGGUAUACCCAACAUAGAUGAAGAAGAAGAAUUCAGUAAUGAAGAUACAUUGAAAAGUAUUAAACUAUCAAUAAUAUAUUUAUUAAUUUCAUUAACAUUAUUUAAGAAAUCAAAAAAUUCAAAUAAAAAUAUCAAAAAUAACGUUGAUCAAUAUUUUAUUGAUGAAUGUUUAAAACAUAGUAUUGAGAUUAGAAAAUUGGCCCAUAAAAUUGUUAAUUAUCAAUUAGAUGAGUAUGAUAUCAAUCAAGAAAAAUUCGAAGAUGAUGAAAAUUAUGAGAUUUUAAUGAUAAUAAUGAUAAUAUUUAUGAUACAAAUUGAUUUAGAUUAUGGGGUAUUUGAGAAUUUAGAACUAUUAUAUGCCAUUGCUGAUAAUAUAAUGAAAUUAAAUAAGUGGAAAAAAUUAAUCAAAUCCAACGGAUUUGUCAAAUGGUUAAUGAGUUUAAUGAAAAUUCUGUCAAUUUUUUAUGAAAGCACUCAAGCGAUAAAUUUUUUUAAUUAUUCAAUUAGUCAAAGAGAUGAAAAGAAAAAUUAUGGGGAUUUGGAUGAAAAUUACGAUUUGAUUGGAGAAGAUGACGAAGAUGAUGAUGAAGAUGAUGAUGAAGAUGAUGAUGAAGAUGAUGACGAGAGUGAAGAUGACCACGUUCAAAUCGAGUCUAGCAAAUUGAAUGACAAUUAUAAACCUAUGUCAUUUACUGUUAGUUUUAAUGAACGGAACGAUUUAGAAGAUCGGAUUGAUGAAGUAGUUAAUGAACCAGAUAAUAAAGUUCUGAUUCCGGUACCCAACCGACUGACAUGUGUUGAUUGGAAUAGUUGUUAUGUCAUGUAUGGGUUACCAUCAUCACUUAUCAACUUAUUGCAUGAAAUUGUUCAUUUAACAAAUCAUAAAAAUAUAUUUAGUAGAAGACAUAUAACUCCUAGAAAUUUCCCAAGAAUAUGUGCAGAGAUUGAGGAUAGAUUACUUAAUUUCAAGAUUGAAAAAUACUGGAAUUUGAAAAAUGGCAAGUCAUUUUUAUCAAAGUUUCACCAAGGGUUAUACUAUAAUUUCCAAAGUAUGCAUAAUGCCAUGAUUGUUUAUUUUUAUCGAUUAAUAAAAGGAGAUCACUUAAGAAAUUAUCAACAAUUCAUUGAACUACUGAUUGAUAAUUUGAUAAAGUUGAAAAACUUGAAUUUGAAAGAGUUUAAAUCUUCUUUCUGGCCAAUUUUGAUUUGCGGCAGUGAUAUAAUGAUUGAAAAUAUUACUUUACGCAAGAAAUUUGAAAAUUUAUGGGACGAUCAAAUUUUUGAUCGCUGUAACUAUUGGAGAAGUAAGCAAAUCUUAUUUGAAAUAUGGAAAAGAAGAGAGGUGGGGGAAGAUCAUAGUUUUAUGGAUCUAGUUAGAGAAUGGGGGAUCAUCCUUAGUUUGAUUUAAUAAAAAUAUAGGUUGUAAAUUCUGCUGUAUGAGAUUUCAUUCUACAUGCGAAGGUACUUUAACGUAUUUGCAAGUAACAGUUUCUUUUUGCACCCACAGUUGCCAGAACUCACAAUCCUAGACUUGCUGCAGGCAGUACUCCAGGCUUGAGUAUUUUGCAACAAUGUAGACAAACAGGCAUUCCAUGAAGUUGCAAGCUCAAUUCGCCUACAAAGCGAACACUCAACUGACUCCUAGGAUACCAAACACAC